AUGAAGUACACAACUCUUUUCGCCGCCGCCGCGGCUGUCUUCGCGAAUAGCGUCAACGCUGGUGUCGUUGGUGCCGCCCAGGGUUUUGCUAAGGGUGUGACCGGUGGUGGUAGCGCCGCUGAGGUCUACCCCAAGACCAAUGACGAGCUGGUCUCGUACUUGGGCGACAGCCAGCCCCGUGUCAUUGUUCUCGACAAGAUCUUCGACUUCACUGGAACUGAAGGCACCGAGACCACCAGCGGCUGCAGUCCGUGGGGUACAGGCAGUAAGUGCCAACAGGCCAUUAACAAGGACAACUGGUGCAACAACUACGAGCCCAAUGCUCCCAAGGUCUCUUCCAUCACUUAUGACAAGGCCGGUGUCCUCGGUAUCACUGUCAACUCGAACAAGAGUCUUGUCGGCAAGGGCUCUGCUGGAGGUAUCAAAGGAAAGGGUAUCCGUAUGGUCAGCGGUGCCAAGAACAUCAUCAUCCAGAACAUCGCUAUCACUGAUAUCAACCCUAAGUACGUUUGGGGUGGUGAUGCUAUCACCCUUAACAACGCUGAUCUCGUCUGGAUUGAUCACGUUACCACUGCCCGCAUCGCUCGUCAGCACAUUGUCCUUGGCACCCAGGCCGAUAACCGCGUCACCAUCUCCUACAACCUGAUCGACGGCCGUUCCGACUACUCCGCGACUUGUAACGGUCACCACUACUGGGGAAUCUAUCUGGAUGGUUCUAACGACAUGAUCACGAUGAUGGGCAACUACUUCUACUACUUGUCCGGUCGUAUGCCCAAGGUUCAGAGCAACACCCUUCUUCACGCCGUUAACAACCUCUUCCACAACAUUGAGGGCCACGCUUUCGAGAUUGGCCAGGGUGGCUAUGUCCUGGCUGAGGGUAACGUUUUCCAGAACGUCGACACCGUGGUUGAGUCCCCCUACCAGGGCGCCCUGUUCAGCUCCCCCGACGCCAACACCAACAAGCUCUGCCAGUCCUACCUUGGCCGUUCUUGCCAGCUUAACGCUUUCGGAUCCUCCGGCUCCAUGAGCGGCUCCGACACCAGCAUCCUUAGCAAGUUCCAGGGCAAGAACAUCGCCCCUGCCAAGGCACCUACCAACAUUGCCGCCUGGACCAUGGCUAACGCCGGUGUUGGCCACGUCUAA